CGCACAGGAGAGUGUUGGUGCAACCGUGAAAUUGUUCCCACUGGCAGUUUGUGAGGUGGUGGCUGGGAUCACAAUAAUGUCGUCCAGAAAGCCACGGUCCGUGGCAAACCCACUGGAGUCAGCGAUCACCACUCCCAGUGAGAGGAUCCUGAAGGAAUGUCACGGCUUAUAUGUCGACAACGAAAACGGCCUGGUAAAAAUCGCCAGCAGCCUUGGGCUCCGUAUCUUGCCUCCCAGAAAGAAAAUCAUUGUGAUGAUAAUGGGAAACCACUCUGCAGGGAAGAGCUCCUUCAUUAAUUGGUAUGUUGAAGAGCACAUACAGAAAACAGGCGUCGCCAUUGAAACGCAGGGGUUUACAUUCAUCACAAGUGGACGCAAAAGAGAAUCAUUGACGGGGAACGCGACGCUUCAUCUCUACCCACACUUUCGACCCCUUCUGGAGUUCAAAGGUGUGACGGACUACCUGUCGGCUGAAAUCUCCACCUCCAAGCAGAAGAAGUUCAGCCUGGUGACCUUCGUGGAUACUCCAGGUCUGGUCGACGGGGACAUGAUCUAUCCUUUCGACGUCAACUGCGCCAUCACCUGGUUGGGAGAACAGGCCGACUUGAUAUUCGUGUUCUUCGACCCGAUGGGCCAGGCGCUGUGCAAGCGCACGCUCAACAUCGUGGAGAGGCUGAGCGAGAAGUGUGGCGACAAGCUGAUGUUCUACCUCAGCAAAGCAGACGAAGCUGGGAAGGAAACGGACAGACAGAGGGUGAUGAUGCAGAUAGUCCAGGAGCUGUGUCGCCGUCCAGGUCUCAACAAAUGUGGUUUUGAGAUGCCGACAAUUUACAUCCCUAACCCACAGAAGCCGAGCAGAUGCGUGAACCAGAUCGAUGGGGUUUGUCAGACCAUCGAGAAAACCAUCAACCAGGCUGUUCAGAAGACGCUGAACCAGCUGGAGAAAGACUGCGACCUGAUUUGUUCCACCAUCCACGGCAAACUGGAGCAGGACAGGGCUGACGUGACUUACAGCAGAAGUGUUCGUCUCCACUCCUUCCUGUGUGGAGCUCUGGGCGUUUUCCUCCCCGUCCUCUUCAUCCUCAGUUUCAUCGUGAGCACUUUCUCUAAAGAGCAGCUGGGCGAGAUGCUGGGUGAAGGUCCAGCGCUGACCUUCGCCGUCUUUACAGGAGUGGUGCUAUAUUUUUGGGAAUGGAUACCAGAAGAUGGACAAGUAGUGUUUGUUAUAGUUUUUGGGGCGUUUUGCUACCUCCUGCUUCUCCUCGCUAAGCACUUUGCAGGCAAAAGGGUUAAGACUCUGUCAAAGAAGGAGAAGCGAGUGAUGACAGACUACAGAGAUUAUAUCCAGGAUAUUGUCAAAACCAAGAAGGGAAAAUUGUACGAGUGGUACCUCCAGCAGUGUGCAGCAGAAUAUGACCUCUGACCCCAGGUCCCCCAAGUUCUGCUCAGUGCAGCAUUGUUGUGUGUUUUUAAAAGGAAUCAGUGAAACAAAUAAUCAGGGUUUUCUGUGUGUGUGUGUUAUUCUCAGUCUGCAGGUGAAUCCUCCGGUCCAGACGAGAUCACUGCCACAUUUACCGUCUCAACAAAAAAAAAGUGCCUCUCUCUUUGAGUUCAGGAGAAACUGUGAUUGUAGCCGUUUAUCAAAAUGUGAAUAUGAAAUUUUUGUACGUAUAAAUGAUGGUGUUUACAAACGGAAACAUUUUCUUCCAAUCGCAGCUGUUUUUAUCAACACAUUUCUUUGACGUCAUCGUUGACAUGAAGUUUCACCGCACAGUCCUAAAGUCUGUCAUGUUACGAUGCCAGAAUGUGUUUUUUAUUCUAUACUGUUAAAGGUACAGUGUGUAAGAUUUGGUGGUCCAACAUGGCGGCCCCUAUAUAGCGGACCUGACUCCUGAUAUUAACAUAAAACAAGAACGCUUACAAUCCAGUUAAUAAAUAAUAAAAGAGUAUUUUAUCUUCAGUUUCUGCCAAAUUAAAAAGAAUUCUACCUAAAUUGUACACACUGGACCUUUACGUUAAAGCUCUUAAAGCUGCAGUGCAUAACUUUUAGUGAUUUUUGUUGUUAUUCUGCUUCUGUUUGUUCUCUGUGAACAGAAACUUAUUGUUAUUAUUCUAAAUAUUUAUAUACUUCAUCUGAAAAUAGACUCUUGACGUGGAAAAAAAAGAAAUUGCUUCCCGCAUGGGAAUGUCGCCAGGCAAUAUGAGAUUUAAACUAGGGAUGGGAAUCGGUACCUAGUCACUAUGCACUGACUUGAAAAAAUGUAAAAAGGAAAGUUGUCAUGUUGAGGGCUGUUUAUUUCUUCUUUUUGGGAGAGCAAUAUUUGUGACACAGGUGGAGAAUUAUUUCCUUUAAAUGACUCAGCACAAAUGUGUUAACAGCUUAACAACGGCCCCUUUUGUCGCUUUUCUGCUUUUAUUAACAACAGCCGACUUCUUCCCCUGCUUCAGAAAGCGAAGCGGAGUCCAUACAAUUGCACGACUUGCAAUCAGAUCUUAAUGUGGACACCGGAGAAGCAUGUUAAUACCAGGUGUAAAUGCAUGUGGUAAAGAACUAUCUGAUCACAGAAAACACAUUCUAAUGUCGGGUGUAAAGGAGGCCAGAGAGUCAUGAAGAGCUGAUAGACUUUUAUCAGACAUUUGUUUGUAUUUAAACGUUACGCACUACAGCUUUAACAGCAACUGCAAUAAUCGGUACUGUGAUAAUGACUCCUGCAGUCAAACCUUGGGACUUAAAGCUGCAAAAAAAAAAAAGGCCUGUGUUCAGACAUCAUUGUUGUGAAGUCUGAGGCUUUGUUAACUAGCACUGAACCCCGUCACGUCAGCUGAAGCCGUUUUAUCGUGUUUUUAGGGAAUAUUUAUUAGCCUUCACCAGGUGUUUUUCAGGGAUGUACCAAAACUGAUAUACCAGAUGACUUUUUAUCUUACAGACACUUUUAAGUCUUUUUAAGUCGGGUCAUGUAUUGGCCACACCAGCGUCACAGUCAUCUCAGUCAUUAAAAGUAUUUUUCCACUGUCAGUUAAGAUUCAUUGAGUUUUGCUUCCAGCUUUCAAAUUGGGAAAGAAGAGCACUUAGUAAGUCAUAUUGACCGUGUGGUAUCAGUAUUGGGAAAGAAAAAGUGGAACUGGUAUAUCCUGUUUAAAUCCUUGAUACACUCUUCAGGCUGAUGAACGCUAGUGUUUUUAUAUAACAUUUAUAGAGAUAUUUCAUUUAUAAAUGUUGGAAAUGUGUGUUCAUUAAUAUUUAUGUGAUUUUUUUUUCCACAAAUCAUUUUCUAUGUCUGUAUCCUGGACUCAAACUUUAUAAACUUAUUCAAACUUCACUUGGUUUAUGUGAAUUCUCCACAAAUGAAUCCUGACCCUUCCUUCAAAAUGUAUUAUUAAACAUUUUCUACA